CGUGACCACACAUGCGUUAUGACGCGACAGUGACGCGCGUGAAGGAGUUUUAAUCCUCUGCCGCAGCAGCGGAUCAGCCGGUAAUGCGAGGAGGGGGAUGCACGGUCGGUCGGACGGACAUCAAGAACGGCUAAAAAAGCCGAAGACAAUUAAAUCUAAUAUAUAUACUUUAUAAAAAAGGUGACCGACUCGACCGAAAGCUCCUCCUCUCUCCGAACGGGCUAUAGGAAGUUACAGGACACCGUUCAUUUUCGUAUUGUUCUCGCCGAGGCCUGGGAAUACGAAAGCUGGCGUUUUUUGACGCAAAUAAAUGGGUGAUUACGGGUUCGGAUUGUUACAGACAGCGAACGUCAGUAGCGGCACAACACUGUUCGGCGGAGGCGCGUUUACACCCUAUUCCAGCCCGUCGCCGGUGCGCCCCAGCAGCUCGCCUCUGCUGUCCCCUCUUUUCCCGUCACAUCAGCGCAACAUGCAGGAUGAGCCUGCGGGACUGACAGCCACACAGUCCAGCGAGACCGACAGCGACAAGAGCAGCACCACCGACAACGACCUGAGCCGUUUCUCCGCCGCGGGUCACGCGCAGACAGUCGGUGACCUUCAGCACGACCGGAACAUACAUCAUCAGUUAAGUGAGCAGGCUGAGCCUCCCCCACCCCACCUGCCGCCGCAGCAGCAGCAACCCUACUCCUCCACGGGCCUGGACACCGAUGCGCCAUCGUCCAAGGCAAAAAUUCAGAUGGAGUCCCCCAGCGCCCACCACAUUAACAACGGCACCGGUGGCAAUAACAUGCUCGGAGCCGCUUUUCCGAACCUCCCCCAUCAAGAGAUGCAGACGCCCGGGGGCGGCGGCGGCUCGGCUUCCCCCACUCUGCCUGGUUUCGGAACGCCGUGGUCCGUUCAGACGAGCUCCCCCCCUCCGCCCGUCUCCAAUUCUGCCAACGCAAUAAACCCGAUACCCACCACCGAAGCGGACAACUACUACCCAGGCAUCCCCUCCUCUAUCAACCCCGGCUUCUUCCAGAGCUUUUCACCCAACCCGUGCCCCGUGCAGGGUUUCGGCAGCCCCUUCUCCCCGCAGAUCAACGUCGCCCCUCAGCAGCCGCAGAGCCGCCGGUCCCCGAUCAGCCCGCAAAUGCCACCGCCGCAGCAGGGCGCCUUUCUGCAGCAGCGGAACAACUACAACCACCACCACCAGCCCAUGAUGAAGCAAUCCCCGUGGGGAAACCACCAAGGAAGCGGUUGGAAUUCCGGAGGGAUGAGCUGGGGCAGAGACCAUCGGCGUGGGGGUGGCAUGGGUGUUCCCGGUUCGGUCAACCAAAUCUCUCCCAUGAAGAAACCGUUCUCCAGCAACGUCAUUGCACCACCUAAAUUUCCCCGCUCUGCCGGCACCCUUGGACCCAAGUCUUGGAUCGAAGAAAAUAUGUUCCGUACUGACAACAACAGCAACACGCUGCUACCCCUGCAGGAUCGGUCCAGGAUGUAUGACAGUCUGAACAUGCAUUCGUUGGAAAGUUCCCUGAUUGACAUCAUGAGGGCGGAGCAGGAUCCUUUGAAAGGCCGUGUGGGAUGUCCCCACCCCGGCGCUGACGGCCUGCUUAUGUUCAAUGCCAGGAGCUAUGGGAGACGACGAGGGCGCUCCUCCCUCUUCCCCAUUGACGACGGUCUUCUUGACGACGGCCACGGCAACCAGGGCAUCCCAGGAGUUCUAGGGUCUCCUCACUGUUACCCCCAUCAGAACGGGGAGCGCAUCGAGAGGUUCUCCCGUAAAGUGUUUGUGGGCGGUCUGCCGCCUGACAUCGAUGAAGAUGAAAUCACAAGCAGUUUCCGGCGCUUUGGUCAUCUGGUUGUUGAUUGGCCACACAAAGCAGAGAGCAAAUCGUACUUCCCACCUAAAGGUUACGCCUUCCUCCUGUUUCAAGAGGAGAGCUCAGUGCAGGCCCUGAUCGAAGCCUGUCUGGAGGAGGAUGGAAAACUCUAUCUGUGUGUGUCCAGCCCCACCAUUAAAGACAAGCCUGUCCAGAUUCGUCCAUGGAACCUAAGUGACAGUGAUUUUGUGAUGGACGGCUCUCAGCCGUUGGACCCUCGUAAGACCAUCUUCGUCGGAGGAGUGCCACGCCCACUUAGAGCAGUGGAGCUGGCCAUGAUAAUGGACCGCUUGUAUGGUGGAGUGUGUUAUGCGGGUAUCGACACCGAUCCAGAGCUAAAGUACCCAAAGGGGGCGGGGCGUGUGGCCUUUUCCAAUCAACAGAGCUACAUCGCUGCCAUCAGCGCCCGAUUCGUCCAGCUACAGCAUGGUGACAUCGACAAACGGGUGGAGGUGAAGCCGUACGUCUUGGACGAUCAGCUGUGUGAUGAGUGUCAGGGAGCGCGUUGCGGUGGAAAGUUCGCUCCGUUCUUCUGCGCUAACGUCACCUGCCUGCAGUAUUACUGUGAGUUCUGCUGGGCGAACAUCCACUCCCGCGCCGGCCGCGAGUUUCACAAACCGCUCGUCAAAGAGGGAGCCGACCGUCCCCGCCAGAUCCACUUUCGCUGGAACUAAAGAUGGGAGAGCCAGGAACGGUAGCAUGCAAGACGAAACCGAAACAACACGUCCGCAGCGGGAAAUAAAAAGAUGCUUCGUUUGACCCCUGAACCCAAGCUGUCAGUAUAGAAUCGUGUAACCAUAUACAGUAUACAGAGAAUAUAUAUGACUAUAAAUAUAAAUAUAUAUCUUUAUCUUUUGUAGCAGCCAGAAACAUUACAAGCCUCAGUUUAUUUCACCAAACCACUUCUUUCUCCCCCCUCCCUGCACAUCUCAGGCUCGGAUCAGAGUUUUUGUGGUACUUUCAUGUUUUUUAAAAAGGAGAUUAAGAAAAAAAGAGAUUGAUUUUUUGUAGUUUUUUCAAAUUAUUUUUAUAUGUGAGAUUUACAAAGUAGAAACGAGAAUGUUUUCGCUUUGGGGGGCAGCCCGUUCGUUUCGUUUGGUCUGUCUGUGUUUGUCUGCUGCUAAAUCCCCUCCUAGUGGGCAAAGUGCGCAAUUGUCUCUGGAAAAUCCUUGAUGACUAAUUUCUGAUUUCGAACCAAAGCUAGCAAAACGUGCGGCCUGAAAAUGAAACGUUUCUGCCGUAGAAUAAAAAACAAGAGAAUAUUUCCCCUUCCCCCGUGCAGGAAUAGGAAUGAAUCAAUAACGAUUACUGAGACUUUACAUUUUCUACUGGCAAAAAAAUAAGACAAUACCUCGGAAUAUUAAUCUGGCUUGUUAUUUCUCUGCUCUUGCAAUUUAAUCACAAGCUAUAGACGAAGCUUUGCUGCUAUAUAGGAUUUAAACGAAUAGAUAGUGUAGGUGUUCUAUGUAAUGCCAUUGUGAUGUCAUUGACGAUGUCAUCAACAGAAAUGCAGUCUGUUUCCUCUCACAAAGGCAUGGCCGAUAGUUGCCAUGGAAACACAGAAUGUGAAAACUUACGUGCAUGUUUGUGGCCGUACAUCAUUUGCAUGCAUUGUAAAGGUUACCAGCACAUAUAAACGAAAGAAAAAAAUCAAAACAGAUCACACAAAACACGAUUAUCGAUAUUAACGUUACACAGAUGAAUUUAACGUAGCAUGAGGCGAGAAAGGUCAGACUCUUAGAUAUAAGAUAAUCAACAAUAACGAAAGGUAAAAAAAAUACAGUGUAAAAUUAUUCGUAAAAAACCUUUGCAUGCGUUGUUGUGACGAUUCCUUUAUUACGAGAGAAGUGACGUUAGUUUUUAGAGUAGUGACUUUUCUAACUUGAUUAUUAGUCAAGAGACGGUGUGCUGUCCUGUGGUUUUUUGUCUCGUCUUUGUGCAGUGUGAGUCUAGUUACGAAUUGAGGUUUCAGUUCGGUUUGAACUCUCGAAGAACCCUCUCGACAUUUAACCUUUGCCGUUCCUGAAUACCUCCCACACCCCUCUUAUUAUGAUAGUCCCUUAAGUGAUGCGUCCCGUCGCAGGAUAGGAACGCAUCUGCGCUCUCGUUGUCGGUGGUAGCUGUGAUCUAGUUGGCUGUAGACGUGAAUUCGCGCAGAAAGAAACGCUGUUGUGUUUGUUGUCUGUGUGUGGACAGAGCCUAGCUCUACGUUUCGCAGAUUCUUAUCUGGACAAAACAAGAUUACUAUGAAACAGACGUGAACGGAGAAAAGAGAGGAGAGAGGAACCCCGCCGGCAGGUGGAAUAUUUGCGUAGCGUUGAGAUGUAGUUUCUUGGCGUUAUCUUGAGUAAUCAGGUGAUUCUCUGUGUUUGAUCGGUCUUAUGGACAAUCUCUACAGAAGCAAUGGACGCUGGUACUAAAACCAGCUGUUUGGUACUGUACUGCUCUUUUUAUCUAUCUCUCUCUCUCGUUCUUUUUGCACUCUUUUUGCAUUUCCUCGCGUUCUUGGGUUUAGUGAAGAAUUCAGUGCCCUGUCGUACAGUUCCUGUGUGUGAUUUCACCUUUCAAAUGUCAACAGUGAGCUGAGUUUGUAUGUUUUAUUUAUUACGUAUUUGUAUUGUUAAGUAAGAUAUUUAUUUGUUGACUCUAUUUUCCCAGACUUCUCAAAUCACUUUGUAGGACAUGUGAUGCACUACUUUUCAAUCUGUCUCUCCUCUCCUUUCUCAGUUCCUCUUGGUUCGGCCCGACUACGGACUGACAUUUGGACUCGAAUGCAAAUAGUCUCUUUAUUUUUUAUCACAUCACUUUUUGUAUACUAUUUUAUUCUAGAAUAAUUAGGACCUAUUUUAAGUCUAUUGGAUAAUUUAAAUAUUUUUUAUUUUUACAUAGUAACUUAUUUGAUGUAUUAUGUAAGACGCUGGACCCAGAUUCUAUUUAAAUUAUUAACGUGUACUCUGAAUAAGUAGCGAAGGCGAUUUUCUAACGUGAAAUAUGUGAAUCGUUUUUUUUCCAUCAAACUGGUGAACCAGUAACGGGGAAUUGGUUGCGUUGUCUCGUUUCAAACGAGAAAGCUCUUUUUAACACCCGUCGUUGUCUUUUCGCGAGCCGUUUGUGACGAGUACUCUGUUCUGUUUGGCGUGUUCAACACUGUUGCUUCGUACGUGUAUGUGUGGGUUUUCGUUGUCGUCAUUUUUUAAAAAUCAUAUUUAUUUGACUAUUUUUGUAGACAGAUAACUAUUUGAUUUAUAUUGUAUUUUUCUAUUUCCGUAGACUUUCGACGCUCACUUUAUUUGCCCACGUAUUUAUGGUUACGUUAACACGCCGGAAGACGCAAAAGCCUGUUUCUUGAAACAUCCGUGCGUAUAUGAAUCGUAUUUAUGUAUUAUUGCUUAGCACACAUCGAUUUGAUUGCUAUUUAAGUUGGUGGUGACUUUUAUUUGAAGGAAGGAAACAUUGAGGGUUCUACUAUGUUCAUGGAAAACACUUGAGACUCUCCCCGGUUAGAUGGAGGGGUAUCAGCCCUCCCCUCACUGAUACUCAGAAACUUGAAUAUAACACAUUUUGAAAGGCUUACUAACCUCGAAUCUGUGUUGUGACGUGCAAUACUGUUUCUAAUGUUUGUAUAAAAAAAGUGAGAUUUGCAGUGUAUACCUUUUUAAUGCAGAUUUAUUUUUUUCAUUGCAUAUUUUGCAAAUUUCUGAUUCACAGUGUCAUUUUUUACUGUCAGAAAAGAUGAAACCCCUUUUUUUCAUUGCAACUAUUUUUAAAUCCAGAUAUCUUUGUACUGAUGUAAAUGAUUGUAGUUAUUUUGGAUAGUGUUUUGCUAACAAAAGGAGAAACUUUUUCAUGCAUAUUUCUAUUUCUUUUUUGUUUAUUUGUUGGUUUGUUUUUUAUUUUACACUAAUGGUAGCAAGAUAUUUGGGAUAAUUUUUCAUAUUCUAUGUCAUUAAUAUUAUUUUGUAUUUUUAUGUGGAAAGAUAUGAAUAUAUAAUUUUAUGAUGCUAACUGCUAAAAUAUUAUUUCAAUUUGAAUUAUUUUUCAAGCUAAAAUCUUUGUAAUAUUCUUAAUGUUCUAGUUUAUAAAUCAAGUUUGUGUAUAGAUUCACACAAGUGGUUUAUGAAGUGUUCAGACUGUAAUUAUUACUGAAUGGCUCUUUGAUAUGCAAACUGAAGAUCAUGUUGUUCUUUAUUUUGAUUUGUUUUGUAUUUAAAUGGGGUGUUGAUGAUUACAGUCUUUUUUCUUUUCCUGAAUAAAGACCCAUUCUGUUCAGACACAAA